GGAAUGACAAUGGCCCUUUGGAGGCUUGUCACACUAGUGGUGGCGUUCCUGGUGGUCGAUGCAAGAUCAAGUGGUCGCUCCAAGUAUGCUGGAGGAGGAGGAGGAGGAGGAGGAUCGAGCUCAACAAUCGGGCACAAAAGCGGAGGAGAUGGAGGAGGUCCAGCAGCAGCACCUGAGCCAAGCAAUGGAGGAUAUGGCUACUACAGCACCAACAUCUACGACGUUCUCUCUUUUGGAGCUAAAGGAGAUGGAGUCACCGAUGAUACGCACGCAUUCCUAGCAGCUUGGAACCAAGCAUGCAAGGUGGAAUCCUCCAUGGUUGAAGUUCCUGCGAAUUUUGUGUUCUUGGUGAAGCCGCUUGUCUUCUCGGGGCCAUGCCAAAACAAUCUCGUCUUUCAGGUGGAUGGCACCAUCGUCGCUCCAACUAGCGCCAAGGCCUGGAACGGAACGAGCUUGCUCCAAUGGAUCGAGUUUGCGAGAGUUCACGGAUUACUCCUCCAGGGGAGCUGCACUGGCGCGAUAAAUGGAAAUGGCCCUGCGUGGUGGAAUUCUUCUUGCAAGGCAAAGGGUCACAAGACAUCCAAAUCCUGUGAUAUCCCAACUGCUGUACGCUUCUAUGGCAGCAGCAACGUGGUUGUGCAGCACUUGGCCAUUGUCAACAGCCCCCAAACGCAUCUCAAGUUCGACAGCUGCCAAGGUGUCGUCGUCAACAAUGUGACCAUCUCUUCUCCCUACACCAGCCCCAACACCGAUGGGAUUCACCUGCAGGACACACGAUACGCGGCCGUGCGGAGCUCCCGGGUGUCAACUGGAGACGACUGCGUUUCCAUCCAGACUGGCUGCUCCAACAUUGAGAUAUUCGACAUGAUGUGUGGUCCGGGCCACGGCAUAAGCAUUGGUGGGCUGGGACGAGGAGGAACCAAGGCCUGUGUAUCCGACGUCUCCGUCCACGACGUUGUAGUUCACACCUCCCAGAACGGAGUCCGCAUCAAGACCUGGCAGGGCGGGUCUGGCUCCGUGAGCAGCGUCCAUUUCCACAACAUCGCCGUGCUCAACGUGAGCAAUCCGAUCGUCAUCGACCAGUUCUACUGCGACGGCCGGAGCUGCCACAACCAGACAUCCGGGGUCUCCAUCUCGGACGUUUCCUACAAGAACAUCCGGGGCACCUACACGCAGAAGAGCAACAUCCACUUUGCAUGCAGCGACAGCGUCCCCUGCGUCGGCAUCGUGGUGGCCAACGUCGAGCUCCUCUCAGCCAGGGGCUACGACGACAUUCCAGCCUUUUGCUGGAAUUCUUACGGCGAGAUCUUCUCACCCACGGUCCCACAAGUGACUUGCUUGCAGCAGGGCAAGCCCAAGCUCGGCCAGGUGCAAUCAAGCUACGAUGGCUGCUAGCUAUCCGUUCAUUAACUUUGCUAGCUAGUGCUAGAGGUCAUCCAUCACACGUCUCCCCACGCGAGACUGUCACACGGUUGCGAUGCAGGAUUUGUAUUAUAGCCGCUGGAGUGUUUGUUGUGUCCAAACAAAACCUGCGUUAGAGAUACAUACAAAGACGAUGCGCUGCGAAGUCUCUUUUGGCAAAAGUGGAAAGCAACCAAGACUUCAACUUCGGCGUGUCAGCUUUAGGUAGGCCGCAGAGCCGAGCUGCAAGAGCUGAGAAAAAGGGACGUCUCCAUUCAAAACAGCAGCGCCAAGAAAAUGUGCUCCUGUCAUUCCCACAUGGAAAGUCACCAUCCAAGAUAAUUCAUCUUAGACUGGAAAAAACGAAAGAAACCAUUACUACAAAAUCUGAUGGAGCUACAAAGGUAGAGCCACCACCAAAGGCCUGAAAAACUCUCUCCCUCUCCAAUCCAACCAACUAACGGAGAUCAACACUGCCACUGAUUGCCGAACACCAAACUUUCUUCUUCUGAUCUUUUUACAUAAAAUCUGCUGCUGCUACCGCGGCUGCCGGAUCUUCUUCCAUGACUAGCUCAUUAUUUUUUACAAGCAAAAGGAAGAACGUAGAAAAA